AUUCAUAAGUAGGCGGGACCAACUCUCGCGAGUCGCGGUGCCUUCCCUUCUACUACUGGAACGUAUUUUAACUUUUUCUUACGGAAGUAGAAAAUUAUUGGGACAGGAAGAAUCGCUGUGUGCUCUGAAACAGAAGUUUAACUUGUGGACAAAUGGGACCUAUUGUAGGGGGUGGGGAGAAGUAAAAGUAGUCCCGACGGGGAGGGUGCUGACUCCGGACGUCAGCGUCUGGCGCGGAGUUCAGUUUGGCGGUUUAGGAUAUGCUGUUAGGCAAAGGCGGGAUGUGGUCGCGGAUGAACCGAGCUGCUGAGGAGUUUUACACUCGUCUCCUGCAGAUAUUUGAUGAAGAAAAGAAAGGAAUCUGUAAAGAUCCAUUUAUCUAUGAGGCUGAUGUCCAAGUGCAGUUGAUCAGCAAAGGUCAACCAAACCCUUUGAAAAAUAUUCUAAAUGAAAGUGACGUAGUAUUCAUCUUGGAAAAAGUGCCUUUAGAAAAGGAAGAAACAAGUAAUGUUGAAGAGCUACAAUCUGAAGAAACUGCUAUUUCUGACUUCUCUACUGGUGAGAAUAUUGGACCACUCGCUUUACCAGUUGGGAGGGCAAGGCAGUUAAUUGGACUUUACACCAUGGCUCACAAUCCUAAUAUGACCCAUUUGAAGAUUAAUCGGCCAGUUACUGCCCUUCCUCCCCUUUGGGUAAGGUGUGACAGCUCAGAUCCUGAAGGGACCUGUUGGCUGGGAGCUGAGCUUAUCACAACAAAUAACAGCAUUACAGGAAUUGUCUUAUAUGUGGUCAGUUGUAAAGCUGAUAAAAAUUAUUCUGUAAAUCUUGAAGACUUAAAAAAUUCACAUAAGAAAAGACAUCACUUGUCUACUGUUACAGCCAGGGGCUUUGCCCAGUAUGAGCUCUUGAAGUCCACUGCCUUGGAUGAUUCAGUCCCAGCAUCACAAACUACAAUCACUUUGGAUAUUUCCUGGAGUCCUGUGGAUGAGAUUCUUCAAAUUCCUCCACUCUCUUCAAAUGCAACUCUGAAUAUUAAAGUGGAAUCGGGUGAUCCCAGAAGUCCUUUGAAUCAUCUUCACAGAGAACUGAAAUUUCUUCUUGUUUUGGCUGAUGGUUUGAGGACUGGUAUAACUGAAUGGCCUGCACCUCUGGAAGCAAAAUCUGCUGUUGAACUUGUGCAGGAAUUUCUGAAUGACUUAAAUAAGCUGGAUGGAUUUGGUGAUUCUACAAAAAAAGACACAGAGACAAUGAAGCAUGACAGUGCUGCAUUUGAUCGUUCCAUUGAGUGCCUUUUCACAGUACGAUGUGAUCUUGAUUUUGCUGAGCAGCUGUGGUGCAAAAUGAGUAGCAGUGUGAUUUCAUAUCAAGACUUGGUGAAGUGUUUCACAUUGAUCAUCCAGAGUCUACAACGUGGUGAUAUACAGCCAUGGCUCCAUAGUGGAAGUAACAGUUUACUAAGUAAACUCAUUCAUCAGUCUUACCAUGGGACCAUGGACACAAUUUCUCUCAGUGGGACUAUGCCAGUUCAGAUGCUUUUGGAAAUUGGUUUGGACAAACUAAAAAGAGAUUAUAUCAGUUUUUUCAUAGGUCAGGAACUUGCUUCUUUGAAUCAUUUGGAAUAUUUCAUUUCUCCAUCAGUAGAUAUACAAGAACAAGUAUACCGUGUUCAAAAACUCCACCAUAUCCUAGAAAUAUUAGUCAGUUGCAAGCUUUUCAUUAAACCUCAGCAUGAGCUCCUCUUUUCUUUAACACAAUCCUGCAUAAAAUAUUAUAAACAAAAUCCCCUUGACGAGCAACACAUUUUUCAGCUGCCAAUAAGACCAACUGCUGUAAAAAACUUAUAUCAAAGUGAGAAGCCACAGAAAUGGAGAGUGGAAAUAAAUAGUGGUCAAAAGAAGGUGAAAACAAUUUGGCAACUGAGUGACAGUCCACCUGUAGACCAUCUGAAUUGCCACAAACCUGAUUUUUCUGAAUUAACAUUAAACAGUAGCCUGGAAGAAAGGACAUCCUUUACUAACAUGGUUACCUGCAGCCAGGUGCAUUUCAAGUGAUAUGUGCUGAAGGGGGGUCCUCUAUCAGCAUAAACCCCCAAAAGAAAAAAGAAAUUAUUACAGAGCCCGAAAACAAAAAUGUAUGUAAACCUUUGAAGCAGAAAGAGGAGGAAUAUCUGGAAGAUUCUCUCUGAAAGAUGAAGCUGCAGAAUGGUAGUAACCCUGUAUCAGUUCUGGCUCCGCAGGAGAAGCAUUAGGAGAACUGCAACGAUUAGUACACAGAGGGUGCAGACCGUAGGUACCAUGAUCUCCGUCGCCAUCUGCAUGUGACUUAGCAAAGGCUCUGAAAUGGGAGAGAGAACACCACCACAAAUGGGAAUGUGAUCAUUUUAGCGAGUCUAGCUUCAUCCUGAAAGUUUUAACUGUAUUGAAGAAACUUGGAAAAUGGCUUUACACUUUCUAAUUCUCAUUUUCUGUAAAAGAGGACCUGAUGAAUUAAAUGUUAUAAAAAAUUAUGUGAGGGCUUUGGAAAAUACUUCAGAAAAUAUGGGAUAAAGAAAUGCCUGACACAGCUACUGUAAUAAAAUCUACAUGUAAAUUAAUGCUUACCAUAAUUAAUCUCACAAUAUUAGCAGCUAUAUUCCAUGGUUUCUAUAAUUUUCACUGGGGGGAUUUGUGAAAGAAAAAUCCGUGGGAAACAUUUCCAACCUUUCAAAGAUGUUAUUGUAUAUCUUAAUAGAUAAAGGAAUUUCUAUAUUGAAAUUUUGUAUGGUAGUUCUUACAUAGUUAGGUAAGAGUCUUAAAGAGUUAAAUGUUAAGCAUAUACCAUGUACAUGAAUAAAGUAGUGGACAUUGAAGUAAUACCCACUUUUAGGUUUUGUGUCAGACAUAAUGGUUAUCAACAGAAAUAAGACACAGGCCCUGCUCUCAUGGAGUUCAUAGGCUUAGUAAUAAAUUCUCUAUCAUGUUUCUACAUGAUAAAAUGCAUUUUAUUUUAGUUUAAUGGACUGUACAUCCUUAGUGGUUAUUUAGAUGGGACAGGGGAAUGGGCACAGUGGUAUAUUGGCCUAUAAAAAUAGCUGAAUUGAUAGGAUUUGGUCUAGCACUUUCCACCUCUGAUACCACAUUAAAGAUGACUUUGUUAAAACAAGAAGCAUAUUUCUCUGAUUGUCCUUCUAGAGAGAGAAAGACAAAAUUCAAAGAAACAAAUGAUAUGCCGUUGGCAUUUCUUGAUGUAUAAUUGCAUCUUUGUUAUUCUACAUUGUACCAUUUUAGAUCCUAUUGCAUAAGAAAUGAUGCCUUCUAUGAGGUCAGGGACUUUGUUUUGUUCAUUGCUAUAUCCCUAGGGCUUAAAACACCCCCCAGGCUAAUAGUGUUUAACAAUUACUUCCUGGAUAAAUAUAAUAUCUGAAGUUUUCUUUGACCGUUUUUUUUUUUUCAUUCCAUUUGAUAUAAUAGUUGAAUUUUUUCUACCUUUCACAAAGCCCACUAUAAUAAAAUAGUAGAUUUAUAAGUUUACAGUAUGAAUCAGAAAGAAUAAAUCUAGAGUGGAUAAAAUAUUUUUUUCUGGAAGGUUUUUAAAAUAUUUAAAAUGCUUAUAAGAUAGAAACUUGACAUUGCUUCAAAGUGAAGAAAAAGCCAUUUUUAAUUGUGGUUUUGGAAGAUUGACUUAGGGUAGAUCAACAUUUUGAGACUUUGAUAAUGUCAUUAUAUAAUUAUGUGGUUUAAUUAUCAAAGGGAAGAAUUAAAAUAUACUCACCUGCAGCAAGCAUCUGGUUAUUGAUAGAGCAAGUUUCCAAGGCUUGGUAGUACCAACUUUCCACCUAAUAAAAAGCCACUUUAUGAGUAAUGUUGUCUUAUACUAAUUUUUUGCUGUUGAAGUUAUUUUUGGAAUAAUGUGGAAUAAAAAAAAUUUAAUAUGCUUGUA